AUGGGAAGAACAGGUGGUAGUCAAGGAGGAGGCGUAUCAAAGAAGAAGGAGGCAGCGACAAAGGGUGCAGCAGAGAGGAAUAACACGGGAAGUUCGUUGGUGUUGCCUCGAGGAUGGGACUACUACGAGCGUUUCAAAGAACCCUUUGUCCUGCCCUUCCAAACACAUACAAUAGAGAUCAAACAGAGUUCAAAGGGUCCAAGAGUAGGCUCAACAGUAUGGGAUAGUUCAAUUGUCAUGUCCAAGUACUUUGAGAUAGAGAUUGGAUCAAAGAAUUUGAAAGGAAAGAGAGUAAUAGAACUUGGAAGUGGUGUUGGACUGCUGGGCAUUGCUCUAAGUCUACUUGACGCUGAUAUUGUAUUGACAGGUGAGUGA